CUGUUUUCUCUUUCCACUAGCACAGUCCUUCUCUGCUUUUCCUCAGAAACGAAACUCACAGGAUUAUUCUCCUGCAAGAUCAGACACGGCACAUGGCCUCGUUCGCUCCCAUCUACAAUCCAAGUGUCCCCUUCGAGAGUGCAAUCCUCGGGGGGAUUACAGAAGGCAAGAGGGUGACAAUCCAAGGACAAGCCCACGGCUAUGCCAAACAGUUUGCCAUCAACUUCGUCUGCUACAACAAUGAUAUUGCAUUUCACUUUAACCCCCGAUUUAACGAGGGAAAUGUCAUUGUAUGCAACACAAUGCAACAUAAGAACUGGGGCUCCGAGGAGAGAAGGCAUAAUAUGCCAUUCCAGCGGAACACCUACUUUGACAUAGCUAUCCAGGUGCUGGGACAUGCAUUUCAGGUCACUGUAAAUGGGCAACACCUCCUGGAAUAUCGUCAUCGUGUCUCCUAUCAAACCAUCCAGUCCCUUCAAGUCAAUGGUGACCUCAAUCUUAACUGUGUCACCUUUUAUCCAUCUGUUGGGAUGUCUCCGGCUCCACCGCCAUACACUCCAGGUCCAGGAUUUGUUCAAAAUUCGUUUGAACCUCCAAUAUAUGCAGCACAGAAGGUAACAGUUAUGGCUGCAGCUCCUGUCCUUGGGGCUCUCACGCCACAGAAAGCCCCCAUGACUGUGUACAACCCGGUAAUGCCCUUUCAAGCUGUUUUUCAGAAGCACUUUGGCAGAAAUGGAAAUGUCAUUAUCAUGGGAAAUAUCGCUUAUGGGGCAGACAAGUUUCACGUGAAUCUCUUAAACAGCAGAACAAGGAAUAUUCAGCUUCAUAUCAACCCUCGUUUAAGAGAAGGAGUAAUAGUAAGAAAUACUCAAGACAGAGGCAAAUGGGGGCCUGAGGAAAGACAUAUGUCCUACAUGCCAUUCCACCCUGGGCAAAGCUUUCAGCUGGAAAUCAGGAACGAGGGAGGCUCUUUCGGGAUCUAUUCUAGUGGAACAAAAUUAUUCGACUAUGUCCACCGCCUACCUUUCCACCAAAUUGACAUGAUUGAAGUUGGAGGAGAUGUCACCUUGACUUUUGUCCAAUACUAACCUCAUGCAAGUAAGAUACAAGAAUUGGUCCACAAGGAGCCUUAAGCAGACAUCAUUGUGUCUAAAUCUUAGUGCAAACCCAAGCGGAAGAAGACACUAAGGCAUCUUGAUUACAGUACUCUUAUGUCUCAGCCAUCAAUGAUCUGCUUUAAUAACAUCUUGGUUUACCACUUACACGUUCAUAAGGUGCUUUCAUGACCAUUUUCUUUAGCCUUCCUUAGCAAUUCUAGCUUUGUAAAUCUUGGAGUAAUGAUAUUGUUCUUCAUAGUGAAAAUUUUUGAGAAAUUUGUAAAAUUCCUUUUAGUACAUUUCAGCUGUCAUUGAUAGCUAUACAUCAAUGACUCCCUCUGGGACCUCUUUACAUGAUACCUGUUUUGUGUUUGUGUGCUGGUUAUCUGACAAGUACUGUACUGUACCUUGACGCAAUAAACAAAUUGAUUCACA